GACUUUCUAUGAUUUUACAUGAUUUUGCAUGAUUUUACUUGAUUCCACAUGAUUUUACAUGAUUUUACUUGAUUCCAUAUGAUUUUACAGCAUUCUACAUGGUUUUAGGUUCUGGUCCAUUCUCCAUUUGAAUUCCCUGUAGUUUCCAAGAAAAGUAUUGCUGUCCCUCUAGCAGCUGAAACUUUUAUUGGUGUAUCAGCACAAGUUACAAUAUCGUCUGACAGUGUGAAAGACAUGUCCCCAUAUAGAAGAAGAUGUCUAAUGCCAGAAGAAACUGAUGUUCCCGAGUUAAACGUUAAACUAGAAGCAUUUGAUACUUACACACAGGCAAAUUGUCUGAUUGAAUGUGCUGCUGCUGCAAUGUUAAAGCUGUGUGGAUGUGUACCGUACUACUUUCCAACCCUACCUAAACCAUUUAUUCAAGCAAAUGUUAAGAUGGGAAAAUAUCCAGGAAGUUCUGGAUUUUGCUUCACUGAAAAUCUGGUCUGCCUAGGCAACAAUCAAGGUAUUUUUAAUGCAUUUGCAUCUCUGGACACUGAAGACGGUGAAAGUGCAAAUGAAGGAUUGACAUGUAAUUGCCCAGAUGAUUGUGAUGAGAUUGUUUAUAAUAAGGAGGUAUCAAGUGGAAAAUUGAAGGAUAAUAACGAUGCUCUUUUGAAUACUAUACUGUGCACUAGGCGUACUGUUCUCAGUACAGAAUGCUGGACAAAUUACUAUCACGAUCAUUGUUUCUAUACAAUGUUUCGAAAGGAAUAUCGUGCCUUGAAAACUCUACAUAGAAAUAAUUUUAAAUUCUUUGACUACUGGGCCGAAGAUUGUGCAGACAGAACUUUCCAGAAGAAAACCGCAAAUUCUGCUAUGGUGCAUGUGUACUUCAGAGAUCUGGGGUUAACCAAAUUUACUAAAGAUCAACUUUUCGGCUGGCAGGAUAUUCUAGCCCAAUUUGGCGGAACAGCUGGCCUUUGUAUGGGAUUCAGUUUACUUAGUGGAUGUGAGAUUGUAUACUUUCUCCUCUGCAGACGAUGCUUUAAAAAAUAAUACUUUUUUCUGAGUGCGUAAACACCAUCUGAGCUGAAAUAUUAUAUUGUGUUCAACUCAUUAAAGGGAGUGUUCGCGAAAAAUGAAAGGGGGUACAGGCUUACAACGAAAAAUAAGCGCUUUUUAUGGCUACUAAUUUCACUUCUAUGUGUUGCGUCCGUUAGGAGAAAAUUGUUAAAAACGACUUAUGCUGAAUAACAUAGCAUCUACCAAAAUUGAUAACGUUGCAAUAUACGACUUGGAUCGAAAAC